UCUCUGCGCUCAAUUUGGUGUUUCACUCACCUCUUGCUGGGUUUCAAGCGUUGUUGCUGAGAAACCCGCCGGAAAAUCGAUACUUUAAAUACCAAAAUCCCAUUUCAGAGUUGCAGUCAUUUCGGGAAGUCUCUCACCUUUCAGAAGCACACCUCAAGAGGAAGAAGACAUGGCAAAGCGUCUGAUUUCAAUCUUCAGCCGUGGUUGGGCUCAAAAACUCCUCCCAACAUCCUCCACUAAGCUGGACUCAGGAAAGGCUGUUACUGUGGGACUGGGUGGACAGAGUACAGCAGGUUACAGUACCCAAGUCAAGCAAGAAUCUCAUUUUUAUGAUGGUGCCUUUGUGGAUGCAUUCCUGAUGAAAAUGAAAAACAACAAAGAGCUUCUUAUGAAUAAGAAAAUCUGGUCCCGGAGAUCUACUAUUUUGCCAGAAUUUGUUGGCUGCACUGUUCGCAUUUAUAAUGGAAAAACUCAUGUUCGUUGCAAAAUCACUGAAGAAAAGGUCGGUCACAAAUUUGGAGAAUUUGCUAUGACACGAAAACGGAGACUUCCAAUGAAAAAUGCUGCACCACUAAGAAAAGCGAACAAAACUGGCAAGAAAAAGUGAGUGUCUUGGUGCCUACUACAUGCAUAUGGAACUAUAGCAGUGAAGAAACCAGAAGAUCUCCAAUGCAUUAGAGAAAAUCUCCUGAUCUAACAUUUCGUUUUCACUCCUUUUCAUUUAAUAAGAUCAGGUUUGUACUGAAAUCAAAGGUGCACCACCAUGCAUGAAUGGUGAUUGGUUGGAAUUUUUUUUUCUUUUUCUUUUAUGGAGGGUAUUAGCGAUCUAUUGGACGUUCCUGCUGAGAGGAAGCAACCACUUUUAGUCUCCUUGGCUAUGUAGCUGUUAUUAUUUGCAUUUACAGUUUUGUACCAAAUUAAUUAGAACAGCUCGUUUACAUUGUUUCUUUAAAAAUGGAAAGUGUCAACAAAAUAGGCUCAUAGUCUAGAACUCGAGCUAAAACCUGUCUUUGUAUGAGUUCUUUAAAUGGUUCACAGAAGCUCCGGAUUGUAUCCA